ACUAAAAUGUACGUAACGCUUAUAUCCCCCCCGUGGAAGAAAACGUAGAAGAAAACGCAGCUGACAUUUUUCCUAUGUUUGUACCACAGAAGAAGAACAACGAUGCAGCGAGACAAGACAGGAAGCACGGCGGUGGCCGGUGAUAAACCGGACCGGGAGACCGCCAUCAUGUCCAAAUAUUACGAUGGCGUCGAGUUUCCUUUUUGCGACGAGUUCUCGAAGUACGAAAAGCUCGCCAAGAUCGGCCAAGGCACAUUCGGAGAGGUGUUCAAGGCCAAACAUAGGCAGACUGGCAAAAAAGUUGCUCUGAAGAAGGUGCUUAUGGAAAAUGAGAAAGAAGGGUUUCCCAUCACUGCACUAAGAGAGAUCAAGAUACUUCAGCUUCUGAAGCAUGAGAAUGUUGUAAAUCUAAUCGAGAUCUGUCGAACAAAAGCCACACAGUUUAACCGUUACAAGGGCAGCAUAUACCUGGUGUUUGAUUUUUGCGAGCACGAUCUUGCCGGGCUGCUUAGCAACGUCAACGUUAAAUUCACACUGUCCGAGAUUAAGAAAGUCAUGCAAAUGCUGCUAAACGGACUCUACUACAUCCACAGAAACAAGAUCCUGCACAGAGACAUGAAAGCAGCAAACGUGCUUAUCACAAGGGAUGGUGUACUAAAACUUGCUGAUUUUGGCUUGGCAAGAGCCUUCAGCCUGGCAAAGAACAGCCAGGGCAAUCGCUAUACCAACCGAGUAGUGACACUGUGGUACCGACCUCCAGAACUCCUGCUGGGAGAGCGUGAUUACGGGCCACCCAUCGAUCUGUGGGGUGCAGGGUGUAUCAUGGCAGAAAUGUGGACCAGGAGCCCCAUCAUGCAAGGAAACACAGAACAGCACCAACUCACUCUGAUCAGCCAGCUGUGUGGCUCCAUUACAGCAGAAGUAUGGCCUGGUGUGGAUAAAAAAUAUGAGCUGUACCAGAAGAUGGAGUUACCUAAGGGACAAAAACGAAAGGUAAAAGAACGCCUGAAGGCGUAUGUUAAGGACCCAUACGCCCUUGAUCUGAUUGAUAAGCUACUGGUGUUGGACCCAGCGCAGCGUGUGGACAGUGACGACGCUCUAAACCACGACUUCUUCUGGUCUGACCCCAUGCCCUCUGACCUCAAACAUAUGCUCUCCACACACAACACAUCUAUGUUCGAAUACCUGGCACCCCCGAGGCGCCGCGGUCACAUGCCCCAACAGCCGGCCAAUCAGAAUCGCAACCCAGCUACAGCCAGCCAGUCUGAGUUUGACCGGGUUUUCUGAUUACUCUGAUGCCAAACAACUUUAUAACUCUUCAUAUCUUCAAAGAAGUGGGGAUAUGAUUUAUGAGAUCCAGCUGAGAUGAGCAAAGUGAAUUUAAUUUGACUAUCAGAUAUCAAAGUAAUAAACCAUGACACUCUGCAUCUUCUAAUCAAUAGUCUCGUUAUGUCAAGAUGCAGUGCUUUGAAUUACGUCUUUGAUCAUACAGAUGUACUCUCGCUGAACAUCUCUGCUUUAUCCACAUGUUCAUUUUGCCACAUUUUGGAUUGCUGUGGAUUAGAGCUCAGCUCACAGAACAGGUUUGCUGUGUCUGUUAACUGAAGUGGGACCAGCAGUUCAUUGGGAAUGAGUUGCACAUCAAGUAAGAAAAGAUGAAAGUAAACAGUCAUUAUGAUUACACAGUCUCUAUUUGAGACUAUAUGUUUUGCACCCUUUCGUUUAAAUUUCAGUUUUUCCUGUAUUCUGAAUUGUGCAAAACAUACCUUGUAUUAUUUUAGCUUAUUAUGUUUAAAAUUUAUGUAGCUAUUUAUCAUAUGGUUUGUACCCUUUGAUAUGUUAAUGUUUUAACUUUUUAUCACUUUUUACAAAAAAUAAUGCUGUUUGUUUUUUUCUUUGAGGUAAUUGAAACACCAAUAAACCUCUGUUUGCUGCA